GCGAGGGAAGCGGGGCGCGGGAGGCCCCAGAGCACCGCAGAAGCCCGGCGAGGUCUGCAGCUCGGGAGGCUCCCCAGCGCUCACUGCCCAGGCGCCCGGCAGGGCGGCUUAGCAGGGCCUCUGGGCGAGGCUGCAGGGAGGCUUGGGCCACCGGCGACGGUGGGAUUCCUGGUUGGGCUGAAAAGGCGAUGAGGGGCCAGCAGCCAGGUGAAGAUUUGGGAUGAGGGGGACAGGAGGGCCUCUGAGCCUUCCCUCCCCAUUUUUGCUUGGGAAAAGCGGCGGGGUGCAGAGGUGGGUGUAGGCGCAUUUGCCAUUUUGCUGCUUGGCUUUUGAGUGGCCUGUUUUGAAGGGAGGCUCUGUCUGGAAAGCUAACGAGGGUUAGCUAACGAGGGGUUUCAAACCGGAAGGCCAAGCUGGCUUUGUGCUUUGGGUACGGGCUUCCUCAUGGUCAGACACCCACAGAGACGACAGUUCUCAUCCAGCCCAAAGAGUUGGCCGACAGGUUUGAUGGAGGGCAAAGCAAUUUAAGAUACAGGCUGGUGGCGGGGUGUCACGAUGGUAGUGGAGACAGGAGGGCAGUGGAGAGGGACAGGUUGGGGAGAUCAAAGGAUUAAUGUCAUCCUUCAUAGGGCUAUUUUUAAGUAGAGUAGACCCUCGAAUUACAAUCGGCCUGACAUACAACCAACUUAUUAUAGCCGGAGUACACUAGGAAAAUUUUUGGUGUUUCUGGUCAAUUACAUACAUUAUACAGCCCUUCUUUUAUUAUUGAAAGAUUAGUGAGGGAUAUUUUGGGAGGUUUGGAAUGCAUUAUGGGUAUUUCAUUAUUUCUUAUGGGAAAAAUAGUCUCGACUUGCAACCAACUUGAGUUAUACCCAGCCCUCCAGAAUGAAUUGAGUUUGUAAGUCAAGGGCCCACUGCUUGCUGCAAAGUCAGAGUUGUAGGCACCAGAGAUAAAGCAGUGAACCAAGUAGACCAUCUCUGUGCUCCUGGAGCUUACAUUUGGAUGCCUGUUAGGAGGGAAGGGAGACCAUAAAGAAACAGAUGACAGGUAGUAAUAAUUGCUAGUGAGAAAAGAGCAAAUUAAGGGAGAAAAGGUGCUGAAUGGGUGCCGUUUUGGACACAGUGGUCAAGAAAGACCUCUGACCAAGUAACAUUUGAACAGAGGCCUCUGCAGGAAAUGAAGAAUGGACAGCACAGGUAUGAGGGAGAAAUGUUCUAGGCAGAAGGCCCAGCAUUACAGGGGCCCUGAAUGGGUGGUGCUUGCUGUUUGAGAAGAUGAAGAAGGUGAGGUAGUAGGGCUUGGAUGGUGUUGCUAGUGUCAGGGGAGGGUAAGAGGAUGAGGCCCUGCAGGACCUGGCACGACCUGAAUAUUUAGGGUUUCAUUCUGAGAUGGGAGCCGUUGGCAGGUUUUAAGUGGAGGUGUGACAUAAGCUACUCACAUUUUUAAAAACUGAAGGACAUAUGCGCUGCAUCCUGUAAACAUUGCAUGCCAGGCACAUCCUGAACAAACGCGUAGUGGAGGAUCUCAAGAAAAUGGCUGUUAUAGGGCAGUGGUAAGGGGAGGGAUGUGUUGGGUUUCCUGGGGUCAGAUUACUAAAUUGAGUCUCUUCUCAUCUGUAAAUUGGGGUUAGUAGAAGGUAGUCACCCAGACAGCGCUGAGUGUGCAUGAGCUGCUGUUGUUCAUCCCAGAAGGGUCUCUGGUGGGGAAAAGUAGGCUGGGGUAUUCGGGAUUGCAGCACGUGUUGUGGGUCUACAGGGUGGAGUGUGAUGGGAGUCUCCAGGGACAGCUGGAUGGAGGGCAGUGGGAUUUGCAGGAAGGGGUGCAGCAGCAGAGAUUAUUUCUGCUGUGGAGCCCUAGUGAUCAGUGACAAGCCCAGGGCCAUCGAAGACAGCCAGAGGACAGGGCCAUAGCUAGAGGUGCUGGGAGAGGGUGGGUCCUGGGGACCGGGCUGAGCUUCAGGAUCUCAUUAAUGAUGGCGGCAGCUGACACCCCAUGUCGAGGAUGGGAGCAGGUGUCUUGCCUGAGGGAGAGGGGUAGUGGUUUUGGAAGUAGCCCUGCUCAGGGAGGAGCAUCCCUCAAACCCCACCAGGCCAGCUCUGUUUUAUAGUUUUCAAGAGCCCUGGAGGAUGCAGAGCUCCCCUGCAGCAGGGAGAGCAGCUUGCUCUCUGAGUCGGGCCAGAGUUGGUUGCUGAGGCCACUACCCCUGGAAGCCACGGAAGCUUCUGGGGGUGGCACGCAGGGACUCAGUUGGUGACACUUCCAGAUAGGAGUCCCAAUGCCAGGGGCAAAGUGGCCUCUAUCGAGAGGCUCAGCAGUUUGUUCUCAGCAGGCUCUGGAGAGCUCUUCUUCGGCUUGGAGACUCUGCACUGGAGGGGCUUGGGAUACAAGGACCUGAGGCCAUGUGAGCUCAAUGUCCUCUCUCCUGGGGGCCUGUUGGCGCCUGUCCAAAGGGGUCAUCUUGUGUUCACAGCCAAAGGCCAGAGUGUGGGCCACCCUCAGGGUCCAGGACCUGGGGACAAAGGCUGUAGUGUCUGGGUGAGGCUUGGUAAAUGGGGCCUUUGAGACAGAUUCCUGCCACAGCCUGCAAAGCCUGCUUGUACUUCUGGAUUCAGCACUGAGCUGGAGAGUGUAAGGAGGGUGAGGAGCAUCCUGGGGCAGAGCAUGGCUUUAAGGAGGUGUCCCUUGGGGCGUGGGGACAGGACUGUGAGACUGAUGGCUUAGCUGAGCCCCUAGGGAGGCUCCCUAGGCCCAGUCGUGCCCCUGUGGCAUGACUUCACCUUCAUGCCCUUCACCAGCCUGUGUCAGUGGUAAGCCCUGUCAGCCAGCCCAGGUCCGGGGGUCCUCCAGGAUCUGGCCACCUUUCCUGCUUCCUCUUCCUAGGCACAGCCCUGACUGCAUAUCUCCUGCCACUUCCCCUGCAUGCUGGGGCUCUCCCUGUCUGUGUCUUGAACUUCUCUGGUAACUGCUGGCUUUCUGGCUGGGGCAGCAGCAUUCCCGUGCCAGCUUAGCUCCUUGCUGCCUCCUGGUAGCUAAUGAAGGUAGCUCUGGGCUGUGAGGCCUUUCAGGAAGCAUAUGUGGGUCAUAAUCAGGAGCAGAGCCAGUUUCCUGAGGGAACAUUUGUGCCCCAGAAGGUUGAAAGAUGGGAAGGGGUGGACUGUGACAGUGUCUGGCACAGUUCAUGCCAGGCAUGUGUCCUCUCAGGUGGUUGGGGCCUCUUGAGGAGGGGGUUGGUAUGGUGACUGGCCUUGCUGUGAGACAGGUGCAGGAGAACUCCCCGGCGCAGCAGGCAGGCCUGGAGCCUUACUUUGACUUCAUCAUCACCAUCGGGCACUCACGUCUGAACAAGGAGAAUGACACACUGAAGGCCUUGCUGAAGGCCAACGUGGAGAGGCCUGUGAAGCUGGAAGUGUUCAACAUGAAGACCAUGAAGGUGCGCGAGGUGGAGGUGGUACCCAGCAACAUGUGGGGUGGCCAGGGCCUGCUGGGAGCCAGUGUGCGUUUCUGCAGCUUCCGCAGGGCCAGCGAGCACGUGUGGCAUGUGCUGGAUGUGGAGCCAUCUUCACCAGCUGCCCUGGCCGGCUUAUGCCCCUACACAGACUACGUGGUGGGCUCAGACCAGAUCCUCCAGGAGUCUGAAGACUUCUUUUCGCUCAUCGAGUCUCACGAGGGAAAGCCCUUGAAGCUGAUGGUUUAUAACUCCGAGUCUGACUCCUGCCGGGAGGUGACAGUAACUCCCAACGCAGCCUGGGGUGGAGAGGGCAGUCUGGGCUGUGGUAUUGGCUAUGGGUAUCUGCAUCGGAUCCCAACACAGCCCUCCAGUUCCCACAAGAAGCCACCUGAUGUCCCACCGCCUGAUGCCCUGCCACCUGGUGCCUCUCUACCUGAUGUCCCAUCACCUGUGCCCACCCCCCAGGACUUUCCUAGCCAGGAGAUGGGUUCCAGGCAGAGUGACUACAUGGAGGCUCUACUACAGGUACCUGGUUCCUUCAUAGAGGAACAGCUCCCGGGGGCUGAGAGUUCCAGCCACAGCACUCCAGACUUUGGGGGACUUCCAGAGAUUCCUCUUCAGCCUCCACCUCCAGUGCAGCGAGUCAUGGACCCAGGAUUCCUAGAUGUGUCGGGCAUUUCCCUCCUGGACAGUGGCAAUGCCAGUGUGUGGCCCAGCCUGCCCUCUUCCACAGCAGUCUCGGCCUCAGGGCCAGAGGAUGUUGGCUCCAGCAGCAGCUCUCAUGAGCGGGGUGGUGAAGCCACAUGGUCUGGGUCAGAGUUUGAGGUCUCUUUCCCAGACAGCCCUGGAGCCCACGUCCAGCCAGACCACCUGCCUCAGCUGAGUCUUCCCGACAGCCUCAACUCUGCAGUCUCACCAGAAGACGGGCUGUCUGCAGAGCUGCUGGAAGCUCAGACUGAGGAGGAGCCUGUGAACAUGGAUAGCUCAGAUGUCAAGGCAGUGGCUGAGGGGCCCACCAGCCAGGCCCAGAUCUCUACCCCAGAAUCAUACUCUGGACUGUGACUAGGCUUCUGAGCUUAUUUCACUAGCUCUGUGAUAUCCAAGGAUUCCUGCUGGCAGGGGCUCUGGUGUCUACUCAAAGCCUACUUUUGGCCUCCAGGAGAUGACCUUAUGGUCUUUGUCCUGCCUGUCGGUCCUGGGCUGGAGGGUUUCAAAAAGGACUUUGGUGGUGUAGGGCUGGGAGAAGCACCCACCUUCAUUUUGCAAGAGGGAAUAGGAGAGGCACAUGCAGCCUGAGAGGGUAGAAACAGGAGCCACAUACCCUCAGAACCAGUGCCUGUCAUGUAACUAGGGCUCCCCAGGAAACAGUAGGUCCAGUCAUGAUCAGUGUGAAAAUGGGGCGAGCGAGGAAGGGGCUGGUGUCAAGUGUUGGCCGUAUCACUUUGUUAAGGCUGGCCUUGACCUUUCCCGCACAGCUCGCAGUCCCAUCUGUACUGGAAGGGUCCCCAAGCCCUAGGACUCGCCCUACCAUAUCCCAAUCAGUGACUCCAUCAGUGGCCUUGUCCUUAUGCUAGUGUGGCUGCUGGCUGAGGCAGGCUCAUGCCAGCCAGCACCAAAGAGGCUGUUUGCCCACCUUUGCCCUUCAAUAGAGGAGCACUGUGACUGUGUCCUCCUCCAGCCUAUAAGCACUCAGUGUCUCCAGUGUUGAUUCCUGUAUCGGUCAAUAUUUAUAAGAGAAACAGAUGUAAACAGGAGAUGUACAAAUAUAUAUAAGAAUUUCAGGAUUGGGGCCAGGGAUUUAGCUCAGUGGU